AUGUCCUCAGCCUCGACCAACGGGGUGCCCGUCUUCCACGGUCUCAAGCACCUGCCUUGUCCCAAGGAGGCGGGAGGAGCGAGCUGCACCACCCCUGGAUGCCUCUUUGGCCACAGGGCCUCGUCACUCGAUGGCGCUGCAGACGAGCCCGCCCCCAAGCGUCAGAGGGUCGACGAGGCUCACCGACGAGAUGGAACCUUGGCCCAGUCAAACAAUCAGGCUUUGGCUGGUCGUCCUGGUGUUGACGCACCACAACCUGACAACGGCCAGAUCAGACGCUUCAUCCCACAUUCCAGCAAAGAUGAGAGCCGGCGGGUCACGGUACAUGAUGAGAUGAAAACACAGAAACCAUACGAUCCAUUGUCCCCGCCAUCACAGUCGCCGUCAUCCUUGAACCAUCAAUUGACGCGGUCGACAAAGACCAGUGAAUCACCGCUGUCGAGACCGGCCUCGGACGUUUCCCCCGCGCCAGUCUCGCAGAAAAGGCCGACUUUGAAUGCCGGACAGUCAGGACAGUCUUUGCAUGCACCACCAAAAACCUCGGACUAUGCGAGGCUCAAUUCGUCGCGUGCGAAGCCCGCCUCCCUAGCACCAGGCGAGCCCGCAACCAGAGACGGCCAGGCCAAGCCACCUUCACUUGGCCCCCAGGCUAUGACCAAGCCGGCCAGAAAGCCAGAGACCCUCAACCCCCGCCACCUCCAGAAAGCCCCUGCCGCCCAUAACGUCCGCCUGCAAUUGCUCAAGCUCCUCCACCAACAGUUCGUACGUCUCAACGAGGGACUCAGCAAGCUGAGCGAAAAGCACCCCGAGAUCAAGCAUCUGGUCCUAUCAGGCCAGGAACUCAUAUGGAUGGCCCUCGACCGCGAGCAGCAUAUUGCAAUUAACAAGUCGUCUAUUUAUGGCAACAUCAUCAAGCAGGAUGUGGUGAGAUACAGGCGCCUGUCGGUGGACGAUUGGGUCAAGCAACGCAGGGAAGCUACAGAGAAGAAGCCGCUGGAGAAGCCGCCAGCGAACGGCCCCCCAGUUGUCAUCACGACAGGCCUGAGCGCCGAGCAGGAGGUCGCGGUAUUGAAGACGAGAUUGGUCACUCCCAUCGUCGGCCUCGCCGCGUAUGGCUACGUCCCGGUUCCACCCACGGAUGAUCAGAUCGCCGAGGCGAAGGCGGCCGUCCUGAUGUCGCACAACUGGGAGAAAUGCGACAGAUGUACCGUUCGAUUCCAGGUGUUCCCGGGCCGCAACAUCGAGACCGGGGAGCUUGCAUCCGGUGGGCAGUGCACGCAUCACCCAGGAAAGCAAUACCUGCCUGACCGCCCCAAGGGAGACUUCACCCACAUCCCAAAGCGGUAUCGGUGCUGCCAGCAGGACGUCGGGGAAUCACCUGGCUGCGCAAAGGCAAGUAAUCACGUAUGGAAGACUAGCGAUCCUAAGCGCCUGGCAACUCUAUGGAACUACGCAGCCACCCCUCCCAAUGCGAGUCCUGACGCGGCCAAGGCGGUGUGCUUCGACUGCGAGAUGGGUUACACCGUGUAUGGGAUGGAGCUGGUCAGGUUGACAGCGACCUCAUGGCCGGACGGCGCAGAACUCCUGGAUGUACUCGUGCAACCCUUUGGGGAGAUUCUCGACCUGAACUCGCAGUACAGCGGUGUCUUUGCAGAAGACCUAGCACGAGCAGUAUCCUGGUCAAAGGACUGGGUGCCUCCAGCACAGCAGCCUGGCGAGAGGAAGAUACUCCAGAAGGUUUCAUCACCUGAAGCGGCCCGACAGCUACUCUUCUCUUCUAUCAGCCCCGACACUGUGCUCAUCGGCCACGGCCUUGAGAACGAUCUGAACGCCAUGCGCAUGGUCCACCCCAAAGUCGUCGACACGAUUCUAGUCUACCCUCACAAGAGGGGCCUGCCGAUCCGAAAUGGCCUCAAGGCGCUCAUGGAGCUACACCUGAAUCGGCGCAUCCAGAUGCAAGGGGCGGAGGGACACGACAGCGCGGAAGACGCCAGGGCAGCCGGCGAGCUAGCCCGACUCAAGGUCCAGAAGGAGUGGUCGUUGAUGAAAUCACAAGGUUGGAAGAUAGUUGAUGGGAUCAUCCGGGAGCCCGGUUGGGUACCCCGGCAACAGGAAGCACGGGUAAGCGAGGAUUCGGAUGAAGGCGGCGCCCGUUUAAGCGAGGAGUUCCUGGAGGCUCCGUAG